AUGGUGUUCGGGUUCAACAGCAUCAAUGUAAACAGCUCUCAGAACAAAAACCCCGACCCGUCCGUCGCCAUCUACCCUGCCCUGCACGCAUCAGACGCACCGUAUUCCAUCCAGGAACAGCCCUUGCGAUCUGCUAUCUUCGUGCCCGCGGACUUCAAUCAUGGUACUGACGGCAAGACGCCCGUGAUUCUGGUACCCGGAACGGGCUCGUACGGCGGCGAGGCCUUCGACCACAACUUCGCCAAACUGCUUCGCGCCAGCACCUUUGGCGAUCCUGUGUGGCUGAACAUCCCCGGCCGCAUGUGCGACGAGGCGCCCAAGAACGCCGAGCAUGUCGCCUAUGCCAUCAACUACAUCGCAGCGGUGUGCGGCGGCAAGAAAGUUGCAGUCGUGGCAUGGUCGCAGGGAAACCUGUCGACGCAAUGGGCGCUGAAAUACUGGCCGAGCACCCGCGCACAAGUCAGCAAUUUCGUCUGUCUCUCGGCCGACUUUAAAGGGACGGUCCAAGCCUGGGGCCUGACCCCGCUCCAGGGCGCGGUUCCUGGGACUCCCGCCGUGUGGAACCAGACCAUGAAUUCCAACUUCAUCGCGACACUGCGUUCUAAUGGCGGUGACUCGGCUUAUGUUCCCACGACAUCGAUAUACUCGGCGACGGACGAGGUCGUGCAGCCGCAAUUCGGGUCUCACGCGUCGGCCUAUAUGAAGGACGAGAGAAAAGUCGGAGUGACCAAUUGUGAAUUGCAAGUCGCCGCGUUCAUGAAACCUGCCGGGCUGGCGUACUCGCACGAAGGCGUCAUGUACAGCUCGCUCGCCUGGGCCCUGGCCGAAGAUGCCAUCAAGAACGGUGGCCCGGGCAGCUAUGAGCGGAUAAACAUGGCGAGUGUGUGCAUGCACAGAAAGGCACCCGGGUUGAGUCUCUUGGACGCGACGCAGACGCAGGCGCUGAGCGGGUGGUGUUUGAAAAGCAUCCUGCUCUUUACGCCCAAACCCUGGCGUGAGCUGGCCCUUCCGCUGUACGUCGCGUCGGAAAAGAUCAACUACGUUGCCGAAGAGGUUGUCAUACCCGCGAAGCCAGUCGUGUCUGUGGUUGAGACGGAGAUCGUUGAAGCAGAGGUCGAGGUCGUUGCCAACUAA